CUUUCGGCGGCGCGCGGCGCAACAUGGCGGUACAAAUUUCCAAGAAGAGGAAGUUUGUAGCUGAUGGCAUCUUCAAAGCCGAACUGAAUGAGUUUCUCACACGGGAGCUGGCUGAAGAUGGUUACUCUGGAGUUGAAGUUCGAGUUACACCAACCAGGACAGAAAUCAUCAUCCUAGCCACCAGGACACAGAAUGUUCUUGGUGAGAAGGGCCGGCGGAUUCGGGAACUGACCGCCGUGGUUCAGAAGAGGUUUGGCUUCCCUGAGGGCAGUGUAGAGCUUUAUGCUGAAAAGGUGGCCACAAGAGGUCUGUGUGCCAUUGCCCAGGCAGAGUCUCUGCGCUACAAACUCCUAGGAGGGCUUGCUGUGCGGAGGGCCUGCUAUGGUGUGCUGCGGUUCAUCAUGGAGAGUGGAGCCAAAGGCUGUGAGGUCGUGGUGUCUGGGAAACUUCGAGGACAGAGGGCUAAGUCCAUGAAAUUUGUGGAUGGUCUGAUGAUCCACAGUGGGGACCCUGUUAACUACUACGUUGACACAGCCGUGCGCCACGUGCUGCUCAGACAGGGUGUGCUGGGCAUCAAAGUGAAGAUCAUGCUGCCCUGGGACCCAAGUGGUAAGAUUGGCCCGAAGAAACCCCUGCCUGACCAUGUGAGCAUUGUGGAACCCAAAGAUGAGAUACUACCCACCACCCCCAUAUCGGAGCAGAAGGGUGGGAAGCCAGAGCCACCUGCUAUGCCUCAGCCAGUCCCCACUGCAUAACAGGGUCUCCUUGGCAGCCGGAUCUGGGAUUUGGAUGUUGCUCUGUAAAGAACUUUAAAACUUAAUAAAAAUCUUUUAAAAAGAA